UCAAUGUCAAAAUUUAAAUUUGAUAAAAAAUUAUAAGCAUACCAUUGGAGAUACUUUAUAUUCAAACUUAAAUUCAAAUUCCACCUCAAAAUCGGUCAUUAUAAAAGCUGGGAUGUGGGAUAUUCCUUGCUGCAACAAAAGCAAAACCCAUAGCCAUGGCUUCUCCUCUACCACCCAGCUGUACUGCUACAAUCUUCUGCCCUAACACUUCACUGAUGACCUCAAACACUUCUGUCACUCCCUUCUUCACCAAGAAAUUCAAAUCCCAAAAACCUUCAUUGGUCAUAAGACCUAAGCAAGGCAUUGUAUGCAAGGCAACCAACAACAAUGACCAAAAUAAAGAUGCUGUGGGAAAAUUGGACAGGAGAAACAUGCUCAUUGGCUUGGGUGCUGGCGGUCUAUACGGCACGGCGGGUCUCGAAACCAAUCCGUUUGCAUUCGCCGCGCCCGUGCCACCACCCGACCUAGCCACAUGCGGUCCGGCGGACAAACCUGACGGUACAACCAUCGAUUGUUGCCCGCCAAAAACCACCACAAUCAUCGACUUUAAGCUACCUGAUCCGGGUCCUAUGCGCACUAGGCUAGCUGCCCAGAACGUCGCAAAAGACCCAGUAUACUUGGCAAAAUACAAGAAGGCCAUUGAGCUCAUGCGGGCCUUACCAGACGACGACCCGCGAAGCCUGGCCCAGCAGGCCAUGGUUCACUGUUCGUACUGCGACGGUGGUUAUCCCAUGGCCGGGUUUUCCGACCUCGAAAUCCAAGUUCACUUCUGCUGGCUCUUCUACCCUUGGCACCGUUUGUACCUCUACUUCUACGAGAAGAUCAUGUGCAAGCUCAUCGACGAUCCCACUUUCGCUCUUCCCUUCUGGAACUGGGACGCUCCGGCCGGCAUGUACAUCCCCUCCAUUUUCACCGACACCACCUCCUCUCUCUACGACCAAUACCGGAACGCAGCGCAUCAACCUCCGAAGCUUCUAGACCUCAACUACGGUGGCACCGAUGACGACACGGAUGACAAGACUAGAAUCAGAGAGAACCUCACCACCAUGUACCAACAAAUGAUCUCAAAAGCCACAUCUCACCGCCUCUUCUUCGGUGAGCCCUACAGCGCCGGAGACGAACCGAACCCCGGCGCCGGAAACAUCGAGAGUAUUCCGCAUAAUAACAUCCAUCUCUGGACCGGAGAUCCAACUCAGACUAACGGAGAGGACAUGGGAGCUUUCUACUCAGCAGGGAGGGAUCCUAUCUUUUACUCUCACCAUGCCAACGUAGACCGCAUGUGGUCUAUCUACAAGGCACGAGGUGGGACUGAUAUAACCAAAAAGGAUUGGCUUGACACCGAGUUCUUGUUCUACGAUGAGAACAAGAAUCUGGUCCGAGUUAAAGUACGUGACUCGCUAGACGAGUCGAAACUAGGGUACAAGUACCAGGACGUGGAGAUUCCGUGGCUGAACUCGAAGCCUACGGCAAGGAAAUCGAAGAAUAAAAGAAAGGCGGCGGUUUCCUCAGCGGACUUGACUUCGAAGUUUCCGGCGACGUUGAGUGAGACUAUUAGUGUUGAGGUGGCGCGGCCGUCGGCGGCUAAGAGGACAACGGCGGAGAAGACGAAGGAGGAGGAGGUGUUGGUGAUCAGUGGUAUCGAGUUCGCCGGAAGCGAGAUGUUGAAGUUUGAUGUGUACGUGAAUGAUGAUGCGGAUGAGGUGAGCGGGAAGGACAAGGCGGAGUUUGCCGGGAGUUUUGUGCAUGUGCCGCAUAGGGCGAACAAGAAGAUCAAGACAAACUUGAGGUUGGGGAUUACGAAUCUACUGACGGAUUUGGGGGCGGAGGAGGAUAAUAGCGUGGUGGUGACAUUGGUGCCCAAGUUUGGAAAAGGAGCUAUCAUAGGUGGGUUCAAGAUCGAGCUUAUUUCUACCACCUGAUCAAUAUUCUCCUUGGUACGUACGUUGAUCCUGCAUGCAUAGUUGUAUUCGUGACUACUACUUCUGCCAUUCUACUGGGUACUGAAUUUAUUGGUUUCUUGUUUUUCUACCUGUAAGAUAAUUUGUAGAGAUCAA